UGGGUGGAACCACCAUGGGAGUUGCCAAGAGGGCUACCUUGGUAGCAGUCAAGGUUCUUUCCGACGAUGGAUCCGGCUCUAUUGCAAACAUCGGUUUGGGUAUUGAAUAUGCAGUGAAUGACGCCAAGAGAAGAAACGCUAAGGCCGUCAUCAACAUGUCUUUGGGCGGUGGUGCAAGCACUGCUUUUGAUGAGAUGUGUAAUGAUGCUGUCAGAGAGGGCGUGACAAUGGUUGUCGCAGCUGGCAACUCUGGUGCUGAUGCAUGCUCAGAAUCUCCAGCCAGAGCCGCUGAUGUAAUCAGCGUUGCAGCAAGUGACAGCAGGGACGACCUGGCGAGCUUCUCGAACCACGGUAGAUGUGUGGACAUCAUUGCACCGGGAGUCGGCGUCCUUGGCGCACGCACCAAGACCAACUCUGGAUCUGUAGCCUACAGCGGAACAUCCAUGGCCGCCCCACACGUGGCCGGUGCCGUUGCGGUCUUCCUUGGUAACCAGUCUGGAAAUCCCACUCCUGCUGAAGUGAGAGAGUGGCUUGAGACCAACGCCAGCGAGGGCAAAAUCAAUGUCCCAACUGCUAGCCGCCCGGGGGCCAGUUGCUGCCAGACCACCACCCGCAACUGCAACAACAAGUGCCCCACUGUAAACAAGCUUCUGUACGUUGGCUGUUAGACCCCAUGGGAAGGCAAUACCUUAUGGAAAAGCAGAACUUAGGCAUAUAUUCGGUUUCACUUUUACUUGGUAAUUCUAACACUGGCAAAUUUCAAGAUAAUUCGAAUUUAACAAUGGGACUGUAAGCAUGGCUUCACGUACGUCAGUCCGGACAAUAAGUUUAUUUUUCUUCUCGGUGAAUUCAAGUUAUUCUUCAGGAAUAAAUUGCAUUGGAUGUGA